UGUUAUCAGGUCGUUCGAUUUUUUUUUAUGAAAUAUCACAUUUAAAUUUCAAUUAUCAAUUAUUCAACAUAAAAGAAUAGAAUAAACAGAAUGGCUUUAUCCAAACCUAGAAAUUUAAUUCUUCAACUUACCAGUGCUUAUUUUGAGCGACUUUAUACUAGCCCAGUGAAAACUAAAGCAAUUACUAGUUGUAUUAUUGCUACUCUCGGAAAUUUCUUGUCACAAAAAAUUUCUGGUGUAAAACAUCUUAAUGAAGAUAGUUUACUUGCAUUUGCUCUCUUUGGGCUAAUAUUUGGAGGUCCACUUCCUCAUUAUUUUUACACAUAUAUACAAUUAUUUGUAAAAAAUCCUCUUAUGCUUUUAUUAGUAGAAAGAUGCUUAUAUACACCUUGUUACCAAGCAUUAGCACUAUACAUGUUAUCUCUAUUUGAGGGUAAUACACACAAAAAUGCAUGUAAACAAAUGAAAAGCUUAUAUUGGCCAGUAAUUACUGCAAAUUUAAAAUAUUUAACAUUACUUCAAUUCAUUAAUUUAAAAUAUGUUCCAUCAAUAUUACGUGUUCUUGUGGUAAAUCUUAUUGGUUUCUUUUGGGCUAUAUAUCUUGCACAACAACGGAGUAAACAAUCAAAAACAACUGGAAUAAAAAAAUAAUAUAAAUUUGAUACUAAUAUGUUGUUAUUAAAUAUAAAAGAGAUGAUUAGUUAAUUGGGGUUCAUAUUUGGUAAGGAUAAUAAUAUAUUAUAUGUAAAUAAUUUCAUUCCUAUAUUAAAAUUUUUAAUAUAUUAAGCUAUUACUAUAUAUCUAUAUAGUUUAAAAACUGAAAUAUUUAACUGGAUAUCAUCUAAAUGUAUGAUAUAAAGAUAUUUACAAAUAAAUUUUAUAUGUUUUGUGAAACAAAAAGGCAA